AUGCCUGAUGAACACCCCUCCAAAUGUCUAAAACUUCAAUUUGAAGAGAUAGAUUGUGAUCCAAGAACACGUAAACAAAUAUGUGAAUUUCCUAUCAACAAACAAGAUGAAAUCCGACAAGCUUAUCUCAUAGAAGAUCCAUAUCAACCUAAAAAUAUAGACUAUCCAUACAAUGAUGAUACUCAUCGUCGUCGAUUUCAACCUUCAUGGUUUGUUUCACAUAAGGAUUGGUUGGAAUACUCACCUUCAAUGGAUGCGAUAUAUUGUCUACCUUGCUACCUUUUUAGUAAGAAACCAAUAGGUCGUCCCAGAUCAGAUGCAUUCAUUUCAACAGGUUUUAAUAAUUGGAAAAAGGUGAAAGAUGGAAUGAAUUGUCCUUUAAUUCGUCAUGUAGGGAAAGAACCAAACUCCCCACAUAAAAUUGCAGUGAAAUGUUGCGAGGAUUUAAAGAAUUAUUCACGACAUAUUGACAAGCUAAUUGAGAAACAAACGUCAAAAGAAUUAGAGAAUAAUCGGUUGCGGCUCAAAACCUCAAUAGAGUGUGCUCGAUGGCUAGCAUUCCAAGCUUGUGCUUUUAGAGGUCAUGAUGAAAGCCUUGAUUCAAAAAAUAGAGGUAAUUUUAUUGAAUUGAUAAAAUUCACAUCAACUUUCAAUGACAAAGUAACGAGUGUUGUCUUGGAAAAUUCUCCAAGAAAUGCCAAAUAUACAUCACCCACAAUUCAAAAGGAGAUUUUGCAUAUUCUUGCUAGUAAUGUGCGAAAUGCUAUUCGUGAAGAAAUUGGGGAUACAAAAUUUUGCAUUCUUGUUGAUGAAGCCCGGGAUGAGUCGAAGAGAAAGCAAAUGGCCAUCAUUUUGAGGUUUGUUGAUAAAGAAGGUUUCAUUAAAGAGUGUUUAUUUCAUGUUGUGCAUGUUAGAGAGACUACUGCAUUGACUUUAAAGAACGAGAUAUGUGUUGUCCUUUCUCGUUACAACCUCCACAUUGAAAAUAUUCGAGGUCAAGGAUAUGAUGGGGCUAGUAACAUGUGUGGUGAAUGGAAUGGAUUACAAGCUCUUUUUCUUAAAGAUUGCCCAUAUGCUUAUUAUGUACAUUGUAUGGCUCAUAGGUUGCAAUUAGUUCUAGUUACAGCAUCUAGAGAAGUAAAAGAUGUCCAUCAAUUCUUUGAUCAUUUGGUUAAUAUUAUCAAUAUUGUUGUUGGUUCUAGUAAGCGUAAUGAUGAAUUGCAACAUGCUCAAGCAAAACAAGUUGAGAAUAUGAUUGCUUCUAAUGAAAUUGAAACUGGAAGAGGUGCAAACCAAAUUGUUUCAACUACAAAAUCACUUAUUCAAAAGUUGAGAGAUGAUGGAUGGGAGCCUUUACUUGCUAGUGUUAUAUCAUUUUGUGAGCAACAUGAAAUUGAUAUUCCUGAUAUGAAUGCUCGUUACACUAAAGGUCGAGGUAGAUAUCGUCGUCAAGAUGACGAUUUAACAAUGGAACAUCAUUUUAGAAUUGGCAUAUUUACAGUUGCAAUAGACUUUCAAUUAUUAUUCAAAAUUGUUCAUAUAUGCAAUUUGGUUAAGAAAUAUUAUCCUCAAGAUUUCACUGAACAUGAACAAGAACUUUUGGAGUCUCAAUUGCAACAUUAUGAGCUUGAUGUGAUAAAACAUCCAGAUUUUCAGAAUAUGAGUACAAUUUCUAAGCUAUGUAGGGGAUUAAAAAUUUUAGGAAAGUCUAAAAUCUAUUUUUUGAUUGAUAGAAUUAUUCGUCUUGUGUUGACCCUUCCAGUUUCUACAGCAACUACAGAACGAGAUUUCUCAGCUAUGAAGUUGUUAAAAAUAAGACUUCGCAAUAGAAUGGAGGAUGAGCUUUUGGCAGAUAAUAUGAUAGUUUAUAUAGAGAAGGAAUUGCAGGGAAUUUCACUAUAG